AGGAGCUGAACAUCUGUGUUGCUUGCCAUCGUGAUUCAUCACUCGACUUCCCGCGUAAACAGGGUCCAUCUAUCAUCGCGGAGCUCACGAUGGCGAUGGAGGCCUUGUCACCUCAUCCUGUUAACAUACCUGUUCGGGCUCCAUCAAAGGGCGAGAAGGCAGUCUUAAAACCAGCACAGCCUGCGAAACCUAUGAAAGAGAGAGACCAUGCCGCAGCUCCGCCGACCCUGGUCGUGGAGCCUGAUGCCCUCGAUGGCGAACGUGGCGAACGAUAUGCGACCGGAGGAUUCUUGGGCAAGGGUGGAUUUGCGAUAUGUUAUGAGGGUGAACUUCUUGACCGUACUUCUCGGCGGUCAGGCCAUCGAUUCGCUUUGAAGAUUGUCAAAACUCAGAUGGCACAGAGGAAAAUGGAGGAGAAGUUUCGCACUGAGCUGCAAAUCCAUUCGAAAAUGCACCAUCCCAACAUUGUUGAAUUUCAUCGAGCUUUCACCUUUCAAUCGAGCACAUAUAUUGUGCUUGAAUUAUGCUCUAAUGGAUCUGUCAUGGACAUGGUUCGACGAAGAAAAUAUUUGACCCCGCCGGAAAUUCGUCGAUACACCAUUCAAUUAUGUGGCGCUAUCAAAUAUAUGCAUCAUCGCAAUAUCAUCCACCGGGAUCUGAAAAUGGGCAACCUUUUCCUCGAUGAACAUAUGAACAUCAAAGUUGGCGAUUUUGGAUUAGCCGCCAUUUUGAUGACCGACAAAGAAUCUCACUCUUACCAACGAAGAAUGACACUCUGUGGCACGCCGAAUUACAUUGCGCCGGAGAUUCUGGAAAAGGGUCGCAAAGGCCACGAUCACAGGGUGGACUUCUGGAGUGUGGGUGUCAUUAUUUAUGCCAUGUUUUGCGGCUCGCCCCCUUUUCAAUCACAAACGCAAGAGGAAAUUUAUCGAAAAGUUGCAAAGAGAGAAUACGACUGGCCUCAUCUUAGCAAGUGUCCCAACGACAUCCCGAAUGACGCAAGGAACCUGGUUAGCUCUCUGCUAGUUGAUGCAGACAGUCGUCCGGAUGCAGAUGAGAUUGUCAGUCAUCCGUUCUUCACGCGAGGAUAUAUUCCUGAUCGCAUCGAUCCGUGCUGUCGGAAACUCCAACCAAAGUGGCCAGAUAAUCGUCCGCCAGCGGAUGCAGCAACCCGAGCGAAGUACUAUCGGAAGUGGGCGCAACUCUGUCAGGCAUGUGGUGUCGGAAUGAUAGACGAAUCUCAACGCUUCCCUCCCGUAGGCCGCGGACUCGGCAGGACAGUGUUUAAAGAAUGCCAAAAGGAGGAGGCAGCCGGUCGCACACCAAUUGUCCCAUUCCCAGACGACGAGGUGUAUCUUCCCUUUCCAACACCGUCGAACUGGCCAUCGGCUCAGCCGAUUGAGGAAACUCAACAUUCAUUCCAGACGACAUACGAGAAUACACUUCCCUCGCUACCACCAGAGAAGCGAGCUUUUCCUCCUGAAAUGAUGAGUUGCGCAGCCGCAAUAAAAGCCAUGAGUCUCAAAGAGACUGUUCAAGAAACCACCCCAAUUUUGUCUGUUGCGGCAAGACGGCCGGAUAAGAGAAGCCACGCUGCUAAACUUCGUCAAGACGCUCAGGUCGCCGCCUCGCCUCGCAGCACCGCCCAUCGUGUACAGUCAACGCAGGGAAUUCUCAGCGAUGGACCCAUCCGUGCCGUCAAAGCGACGGCGGAAAAUAUCAAGGUCAGAGGAGAAUGGAUUGAGGAUGCCGUUGCUCCUAGUACGAAUUCAAAGACGGAUGCGAAGAAGGAAACAUUGAGAGCUGGUGCCGUGCGACGAGCAGGAACCUCCAAGCAAUUGAAUUCGAAGAGCAGCGGCACGGCAUUAGAGCAACCUCAACCAUCUCAAUCCAGCGAGCCUCUGCCGACAAGAGUGACAAGAGCCCGCACUGGGUUGAGAGCUGUGGAAAGUAUCAGGGUUGAGUCAGCCUAUCAGUCAAGCACCACCGCGGCGUCUCAGUCAAGACGCGCAGGCACAACAUCAAGAUCAUCCUCGAGCCGGACCAGCUCGAGACAAGGGCUCAUUGGCCCAGAUGAUUCGCAAGAGGUGCUGUCAAACACCCUUCCGAACCGUGUUCUGGCCCAACUUGCCAAGUUUCACCACAAUGUCUCGGAAGCCUUAGCUAGCCAAAAUGUGGAGACCCGGACGGCGGCGCGCAAGCCUGCAAGCAUGAAGGAAGGUUCUAUUGUCGUCAAAUGGGUUGACUAUACAAACAAAUUUGGUAUCGGCUAUGUGCUCAAUGAUGGCAGCAUUGGCUGUCUCAUGAAUGCUAGAGAUGGCAUGCCGCCUGGCUGCAUUCUGGUACGGGACGGCGAGAAGCAUAUGAAGAGAAAAGCCUCACCAUCCUACCCAGAGAAGGAGGAAAUUGUGCCCCAAUCGGGUGAUCCUAUCGAAUUCCUCGAGAAUCGAGGAGAGGAAGGGUUUGUUCGAUCACGUGUGGACGCUGGAAUGUUCAAGGUGACCUAUGACGGAGAAGGUACCGGUCGACUUUACCCGGGUGUUGAUACCUAUGAGAAUAGGAAGAAGGAGACAGUAAUGAUCUGGAAGAAAUUUGCACACUACAUGCAUUCCACCCUUCGAGAGGACGAAGAUGCUGCGUCGGAAGGCGAGGGCCCAGCUUCUGCUACCGGCAGCCAGUCAAAGCCCUGUGUUAAAUUUUUCCAGCGCUUGGGUAACGUCGGAGUUUGGGGAUUUGUAAAUGGAACCUUUCAGUUUAACUUUCCGGACCACACAAAGAUUGUUAUGUCCGAAGACGGAAAAUGGUGCGACUUUUACCACCUCCAGCCAAUUGCGGCACGUGCGCUUCAACACAAUGAUGUUGAAUACCUCUCGAACGCGAUGCUUGAUGAGCGCGAGAUUCUGUCGUAUUCGGUCCGAGAUAUGCUGCGAGGCAGCCACGGCCGGCAUCAAUUUGGAGAUGUCAUCAAGGCCAAUCAAUUUGAGCGGAAGCUGUAUUUCAUCGAGAAUGUUGUCCUGCAGUGGCUUGCCAAUAAAGGCCUUGGCCGACAGGAUCUGACGCAAAAGAUCAAAUGGGAAGGCAUGCAAGAGAAGACUGCAUCAGGAAAAAGGGGAAAGCUUGUGUGGGUCACGGUUGGGGCAAGAGGUGAAGAUGUUCGUGUGACUGAGGAAACGUGAAUUUACGAGCCCUGAAGCGUGGGCAGGAUAUGCUUAAUCCAGAGCAUCGGUUGGAUGAACCCAACAUCCCCCUUGAUAGACUUCAUCCAUUGACGACGUUACGACCGCUAUGACGCUUAGCAUUUGCAUUUUUAAAAACUCACACGCGCAAGAAAGUCAGGCAUUGGGCUGGAUUCGGCGUUUGGAACUUUGCCGUACAAUUCUGUCCGAUUCAGAUAUUUUCUUGUUUUAGCUUUGUCUCUGUUUCUGGGCUUGCAAGUCACAAACUCGAUGGCAUGCAUCAUUCAAAGUGCAGCAUUGCUUUUCUUCAGCAUUAUGCUUUUGACGGAAAAU